AUGGUGAUCAUGGCAAAGGAUAUGAACUUGUGUGUGCUGGUGAUAGUGGUUGUGUUGCAGACUUUGAUUCAUUCCAGUUUGGAGAUCAUAGAUUUACAUGUGAUACAAGUAUGGUCAGCGCCGGGCGGUAUGACGCGGCUACCGUGCGAUCUGGCGGCUCCUGUCAGCGAAGUCGCCUUGAUGUUUUGGUUCAAAGAAGGAGACAGAAUGCCUAUUUACACAGUCGACUUCAGAAACGGCCCGCCAGUCCACUGGGCAGUUGCUGGAGAAUUCGGAGCUCGAACUCACUUCGUUCUCAACGAGUCUGAUCCAUCAUCAGCUCACUUAGUGGUAGAGAAGGUGGCUCGUCAGGAUGAAGGAGUAUAUAGGUGUAGAAUAGACUAUGUUGACGCACCUACUAGAAAUUAUAGAGUCAAUUUGACAGUUAUAGUUCCCCCAGAAGCCCCUCGGAUAUAUGAUUACGAGGGUACUGAGAUCCUCGGGUCUGUUGCUGGGCCCUUCAGGGAGGGACAGAAUUUGUUGCUGUCUUGUCAGGCCGCUGGAGGUAAACCGCCUCCAGACGUGUCCUGGUAUAAAGGCGAUGAAAGAUUAGCCUACACGAAAGAAGGUUCCGUCUCCCAGCUGCAUCUGCCCAAUUUAUCCAGAGAGAUGACAGGUACCAAGCUGCAGUGUCGUGUGGAACCUCCAUUGCUGCAACCACAGUCCAGAGAAGUUACUUUAAGAUUAUAUUUAAAACCUCAAUACAUUCGAGUGACAGGCAGUGGGUCCACUAGAGCUGGUAUGGAUAAAUCCUUCGUAUGUACGACGCGAGGUUCGAAGCCAGCCCCGAACAUUGAGUGGUUUAUCAACUCACAGCUUGUAGAUUCCACAUUGACUCAGGUGGAAGUAGAUGGGGAAGUAACGAAGAGUGUGCUGACGUGGCAUGUACGUCGAGAGGACAGCGGGAGGCAGCUGACCUGCCGCGUCUCCAACCCCUGGUUCCCAGCACAUACACUGGAGGAUUCAGUCACCUUGGAUGUCAUGUACCCACCAGUAACACAAAUAUCCCUGACUGAGCCAAAAGAGCCUCGUCUGCUUCGAGAAGAUGAAAAUGCUGAACUCCUCUGCUCAGCAGACGCGUCACCACCAGCUGUCAACUUCACAUUCUAUAAGGGACCAGAAGUCCAUCUAAUAAGAGACGAUCCCAUCGGAGGUCUGUCGAUAGAAAAUAAUAGACUCGUCAUUAGAGGGUUGAGGAGACAUCACUCCACUGUGUACCGGUGUCGAGCCAGGAAUUCUGAAGGCAGUGCACUCAGUGACCCGCUCACUUUGAAUGUGUUAUCACGGCCAGAAUGUGCAGCUGGUAAUGUAGUCCAGCAAUUAGCAGGAGCACCUGGAGGUGAAGUCAGGGCAAGAUGCUCGGUGACUGCACCAGCGAGCCGAGACGCUGGUCCACUGAGGUUCUACUGGACUUACAAUGGAACUAAAGAUGUGUUGCCGAUACCAGCAGCCAACGUGACAGUGAUGGGUUCUACCAGUACAGUGAUCCAUGGUCUACACUCCGAUGUAGAUGAGGAUUUGGGCUGGUUGGCGUGUUGGGCAAGCAAUGAUGUUGGGAAUCAGCGGGAGCCAUGCCUGUUCAGGAUCUUACCAGCUGCGCUCCCUGAACCACCAAGCAACUGCGAGAUAGAGAACGAGCUGCUUCACUGCGAACCAGGUCAUGAUGGUGGUCUUCCUCAGCGGUUCCUUCUAGAAGCUUUGGAGGUACGGCAUCGCGCUGAAACCGCGCGAGAAGACAAUGAGAUCUCCACGAUGAAUGAUCAGGGAAUAUCAGCGUUUGGAUUAACUGAAGCUGUGUAUCGUGUCAGAAACGACAAACCUCAGUUCGCUCUAGAUGCUUUGUCUCCUGGGAAGUAUACAUUGCUGGUUUACGCUGAAACUCCUCGUGGAAGAUCACAAAGACCUGCCGCAUUGCACAGCGUACAGAUACGAACUGCUGAUGACUUGGAUAGACCUGGGUCUCUCCAAACGAUGACACCAGCGCCGCCUCCGCAGCCACCAACUACUGACAACAGUGUGGCACUGCUGGUCGGAGCUGCGCUGUCUCUUGUAUUACUGACUAUCCUCACUACUCUGUGUGUCGCAAUGAUAGUAAUGUGCAAGAAGAAGAGUAGACCGAGGGAUCCAGAACAGAGCACAAUACUUAGAAGAAACGUAGGGGUAUCCAUGUAUGGUGGUGGAUCUACCAUUUCUUCCAACGUGAUGCCCACAGUUGUGGUGAGAGGCCAUAGAGGUUCCAGAGUCCUGGCUGCGAGGUGGUCAGGAGUGCUUGAUGAUGCUCCGCUUGCUGUACUGGCUCUAGACACCAGGCCUCAUGGUGACUCAGAUUCAAGUCGAAGUGAAGACGACAUACAAGAGACUGAACUGACGAGAAACGAAUUAGAAACACGCACUUAA